GGUGCGGUCGGCAUGACUAGAAGCAACUCAAUUAAACUCUAAGCUUUUUCGAAGCGAUUGAAUAUGUACUUAUAAUUAUCAUAACUUAUUAAGGUUGUAAUUGUGUACCAGUAAGUGAUUUCAGUAUGUUGAAACUUCGUGCAUUAAACACCGAGUACUCUUCUGAUGAGGAUGCUCCUGGUAUGAGAAAGGAAGCACAGGAAGAGAUAGCUUUAGAUAUAUACACCAAGGCAUUGAGAUUGCAGUGUAACAAUAAUUAUGAUGAAGCAAAAGAAUCUCUAUAUCAGUUGCUCAAUGAAAACAUACCAUUGCUUGAGAGCCAAGGAGGCUUGCCAAAAACCAUGUCUACUAUUAAAUAUUCCUGUUACAUGAAUAUUGGUACAAUAGCAAUGAAACAGAACAAUGAGCAGGAAGCUCUGAAGAAUUUCCUGACAGCCUCUGAAUUGGACAAGACUGAUGUUACACUUUGGUAUAAGAUUGGUAUGCUGGCACUGAAGCUAGACAGAUUUCAGCAAUCAGCAUAUGCAUUUGCUCAAGGAUUAGAGUGCAGUGAAUCACACUGGCCUUGUUUGGAUCAGUUGAUUUCUGUGCUGUUUGCAUUACAAGAAACUGUAGCAUGUUUGCAGUACAUUGGCAAAGCAUUGAUAUUGGAUUCAUGUUAUGUGAAAGGAGUGGUCCUGAGGAAGCAGAUUUAUAGAGAUAAUCCUGCUACUGAAGAUUAUUACAAACAAUUCAAUGCUGAUCAUAUUUAUGAACCAGUGAUUGAUUAUGAAGUUACUGCUGAAGAGGAGAAAGAGUUUUUAAAUGAAGUAAGGAAGUUAUCUGAUAGGAUAAAUGAAGCUGAGAAGUUAUUAGCACCCAAACCAUUAGCAACAAUUCCACUGCCAAGAGGACUGAAAGACUUUACAUGGGUGGAAUUGGGAAAAACUGUAACUGAACUGCACCAAUAUUUAACUGACAACAAUAUGACUCAUCUUACAAAAGUUGAUAUCAAAAGAUGUAUGAGUAUUGAUGGAACAGCUAUGCCAGUUAUUGAAGAACUAGUUGAGGAAAUACCUAUUUCAAUAGGCAGUGAAAAUAGCAAAAAUGAAACACCGAAAACUUCGUGUGAUAAUUUAAAAGAGGCAAAAGAGAUAGUUGAAGUUUCGGAAACAGUUGAAAAUAGAAAUCAAAGUGGUGAAAGGAGACCCUCACAAAAUAGUGAAAAUGAAGUAGAUACUAAUACAUCAGUGAACCUUAUUGAAAAUGAAGAGAUGGAGCAAGACAAUGAUGAUCAACCCGAGCAGGAAGACGCGGGUACACCAAAGCAAGAUGCGAAUAAUCGUUCACUAACGAAAAGUGCUAAACGUAAACGUGACUUGGUAUCGGAAUUGCAAAUUUGGGGAUGGCAUAGUAAACGGAAAGCUACCAAACGGGCGAAAACAGAUAAGGACUAUCGCAUUGAAGACGCUUUAGUUAGAAUCAUUCCAAUGUAUUUAAUUCCCAAUGGAUUGCCAAGUGAUAGUUUGGAAAUGUUUGAAGAUUCGAGAAGUCCCAUUGAUACCUUGAGUAAUGAUGAUCAGAGCGCUAGAAUAGAUUCCUACUUUGGCAGUGAUGAAGAAAAUAAAGACGUAAAACAAUUCUGGUCACGCAACUGGAUUAAUCAUGACGCCAUUGAUUUGAUCGAGGCGUUUGUUCACGUAGUUGCAAAUCUUUGGAAGAAGAAAUGGCCGUUUGAAUUGAUCGAUUUGUAUGUCACUGCAUACAAUAUGUAUAGGGAACAUGCAUCACAUCCACGUUUGUUUAGUGAUCCAAUCGAGUUUGAGCCACUGAAGAAAGAUGCCUUGUGUACUUUGCUUUUUGGGGAACUAACUACCCAUACUAACAACAAAAAAUACCUAGAGGAAGAAAUUCACUGUACGUCUGUGAGCCAGUUAACAAUGCUCAGUGGUUGGGAGAAUUAUUGGGGCGAGGAAUAUACAGAUUUCGCAACCCGGGUGCAUUGGCUUCGAGCUCAUUUGUUUAAACAAAACAACCAAAAUAAUUUAGCGAUCAUGGCUCUGCAGUUGAUACACGAUGUGGUUGAUUAUUCAAAGUUAACUCUGAGUAGUUUUAAAUUAAUCAUUCCUAACAACGAAAAACACCAUAUUAUUAAUAAUUCUAUAAUGGAAGGAAUGCUUUCGAAACUAGAGUUAAUUGAUUCUUUAAGUCGUGUUGAAGAUUUGUACGAAAAAGAGGCUUAUGAUGAAGUGGCUGAGAUUUUAAAACUAACAUUUAAUUCAUCCAAUUCUAAGGUCACCUAUGGUAAAAUCGGUCGUCAAGCACAAUUAGGCAUGCUGAUGCAUUCUCUUUGGUACACGAACCAAACUGAUUGCUUCAUUUGGACAGAAAAAUGCCUGCAUGAAGCUUUGAAAUUUGUUAUUAAGCCCACAACGGAUUUUGAUAAAUGGGAAAUGGUUGUGGAGAAGUGUCUUCUAAUAAUGUACGAAUUGAUUAAAUGCGAAACGGUGCGAAUCAUUGAUAUUCUUCAAGAUGAUAAACGCUGUCGUUUGGUUGAAACGCUCACGACUUUGUGUCGGAAACAAAUAAAUACAGAACAAACUCGAAUGCCCAUGCAGAACUUUCUGCCUUAUCCUUGGAUUCUCUUGCAUUAUAUUUUAUUACGAGAUGAACAUAGACAACAGGCGAAAAAGGUGGUAAAUCACAUUUCCAAGGAUGAUAGAUCACUGGACACUACUCGUUUUGAUGAUGACGACGAGCUUCCAGCGUCAAUUGCAAUACUGUUUUCGGCCCAUGAAUUUUUAGGUCCUAAAGCUUGGUGCUUAGCAAAACAGGGCGAGUUGUUGCACUUUAUGUUGGAUUCUAUCAUAUAUAGGCUUGAUACACCCAUUUUGGAGCCCCACAGAGAUAAAAUUGAUAUACAUUUGGAGCAAGCUUUCUUUUGUUUGUAUCAGCAUCCAUGUAAGAAAAACAAGGUGUCUAGGCAUCUGGCUGAUCAUAAUGUUAAUCCUUUGCCCUUGACGUGGGAUCGGGCGCAACAGCUCUAUGAAUACUUUUGCCCGGAGGCACUUCCUGAAUUUGAUUCUUAUAAGUCGAUUUCAAUUUCUACAGAUUUAGAACAGCUUUUGCAGAGGAUAACGGCCAUUAUUCCGAAGGAAUGUGAUCCACAACCGAUGCUGCCUAAAAUCAGUGAAUACCUUCACGGUACUGUGAGUACACUGCCCGCAGCCACCGACUUUCCUCCCCGAAUUAAAGCAAUAUACUAUUUGCUUGGCGAUUAUUAUUUUAAGCAAAGCGAAGUAAAAAGAAGUUAUAAGUACUUCUUAUUAGAUUUGUGCAUUAAUCCUGGUCGCAUUGAUACAUGGGCUGGAUUGUCGCUUGGUAUUCACAGUCAGUUAGAAUCCAAGCUCAAUCAUUGCGAGCGUUUCAAAAACGAAAUGGAAUUUAUAGAAAAAGCGAAAAGUGCAAAAAUCUGCUUUAAAGAGGCAUUGAAAUUAAAUGACGAACAUGUAACUUUAUGGAUUGAGUUCGGUUCGUUUGAAUACAUGGUGCAUUCAUUUUGUUCGCGUGUUUUAAAGUACGAAUCUGAGAAUUUGAGCAUGGAAAAGUUUGAGGCCCUGGAAACUGAAAAAGAAGGCUAUUUGGAAAGUGCACGCAAUAGUUUUCAGAGGGCCUUAGAAGUUUAUCAGGUAGAUCAGGCCGAUGCAGAUGAACGUUGGUUGUUUCAUUACAUGAUGGGCAAAAUAGCGGAAAAGAGCCAAGCAGACCCCAAGACAUACUUGGAUCAUUACAUGCAGGCAGCUUCAUUGCUUCAUGAAAAUAAAUGCCAGUAUCCUGAGAAGAUUAAUUACAAUAAUCCUCAGCAUUUGUCUUUGGAAGCACUGGAGGUGCAUUAUCGAAUCAACGCAUCGAUUUUAAAAUAUUUGGAAGCGCACGACGGCAAACCAAUACUUGUUUCAAUGGGGAAAUGGUUCAAGAAAUGUUUAGAUAGUUCCGUUAUUCAGAAGAGUAAGUAUGAAACAAAAGCUGGGAGUAAGACUGAUUUGAUUCCAAAGGGUGAUGAUGAAAAUAUUCCAAAUGAAGUUAGGAAAGUUGUUGAUGAUCUACUUGAUAAAGUGGAAAAGCCUGAUAAGGAACAGGAGAAAGGGUCAGAUAGUGACGAUGUUGUUCUGAUUGAGUCUGACAAGGAUGAAGAAAAUACUGCAAAACAAAGUGAACCCGUUAUUCUUCCGAAAAUCAAAGUUCGUAAUAUUCAGGAGAUCAUGGAUCAAAUGAUGAAAGAUAAUUUGGAGAAGGGGAAAGAGCAAAGUGAUAGUGAUCAUGAAUUUUCUACAGGAAAUGUAGUUGCGACAGGGCCAAAUACGAAAAGUGGCGAUGAGAAAAGUGAGAAGAGUGAAAGAGAAGCUCGAAGUGAGGAUGAAGGGAAUAUCAGGAAAUCUACCACUACUGCUACGGAAGAUUCAAGUUCUUCUUCCAGUUCGUCCUCUUCUAGUUCAAGUUCAGAUUCUGAGUCUGAUGAUAGUUCUGCUACAAGUUCGACGGAUAGUUCCAAUGAAAACAUGUCCGAUAGUGAAAUCGUAAAUUUGGCGGAAAGAUGUAUUGUUGGAUUGGAACAUUGCAUCCGUCGCUUACCGCAGAACUACAAAGCUUUAUACCGCUUGGCGCAUGUUUAUUAUUCAUAUAGCAAAAAGAAGGAUUUAAACAGGUGCAAGCAGUUACUCAUGGGCGAGUACAAAUGCAAAAAUAGCGUAUUAGUAACCGGAUUAUUCAGUGACAGAAAGACCACCAAUUUUUUUAAUGGUAUUUGGCGUAUUCCAUCAAGUGAAAUUGAUAGACCUGGUUCAUUAAGCGCGCAUAUGAGUCGAUGCGUCACAUUGUUAUUGCAGGUUUUAAGGGACACCCAAGAUCACAAAACCCUAUUGGAAUUGUGUUUGCAAUGGCGUAGAGUUCCAGAUGCGGAUAAGGUUUACAUUCGUCAUAUUGAACGAGAACAAUUAUCAGAGGAUGCGUUAAAGAUGUGUAUACAAACACUCCGGACGCAACUUAAGGAAAUCGAUACGAUGUCACCACAAAAUGCUGAGCGCCUUUUGAUUGAUCUAUUUAAAGCAUACCAAAGGAGUCAGAAAAAUUUGGCCCAUCAAGAAAAAGUCUUUGCUGGAAUGCUAAUAGAUGGAUAUAAGAAGUUGAUGGGUGAUAAGUCGCCAGAAAACACUUCUGCAAUGCUGGAUUUGGCUGUAAAAUAUUGUCAGCAAACAAGAGGGGUAGAUAAAAUUAAGAAGCAGCAUAUUCAAGCUGUCUCGCCAAAGCCCAUUCCUACGGCCCCACUACCAACACUGCCACCUAUUGUCCAACCUACACCAAGUAAUGUGAAUUUUUCUCCUUCCCAAGCAAUGAAACGACCUACUUUGGGCCGGCCCCGAGGAAGACCACCUGGUUCAACCAAGUUUAAUCAAAGCAAAUUGGCAAGAGGAAGGAGUCCACUUACAAAUCCGUAUUCUUGGUCAAAUCCAUUAUAUCCCACCGCCCCUGCUGGGUUUGACUACUUUAAACAUUAUCAAGAUGAACUAAUUCGACAAUACAGCCAAAGUCAAUUUUCGAAUAUGUUUAGUGCUGGAUUGGGCAUGUCAGCAUCAACUGCCGCUGCCAGUGCAUUGAUUAAUCCUUCCACAACAAGCACAGCUUCCAAUCAGUUGCUAAAUGCCACUUUGUUACAGCAAUUAACCGCCGGUAUGAAUCCCACAAAUCAGUUAAGUCAGGCUUUGAGUCAAAUGAGCCCAAAUUUGUUAAAACAAACUCUUGAGACUCUUGGAAGUCAAAUGUCUGUUCCAAACCCAUCGCCAUUACUGGCUGGCUUGAGUGCAGAUAAAUUUAUGCAGUUGGCCGCCCUAGGUCAACAAGCAUCAUCUAAAACUAGCAAGGCAGCUACUAUUGCAAAGCCCAAGACUAAGGUGACUUCUUCACAUCAAGGCCAAAAAUUGUCAACCGCUGGUUCAUCUGCAGUUAUGUCAAAUAUGGGCUUUAAAUAUCCAUCAACAACGGAAGUGAAACGGAAGCAAUCUAAACCUAAGACUCAAGCCCCAGGGGGCUACGCUUCCUCUAAAGAAAUUCCACCUGCUCAUUCAACAUCAACAGCUAGUUUAUCAAUGGAUAAGUCGAACUCGUUGAUGAAAGAUCGUCCGGGAAUAUCAAUCACACCAAUUGCACAGCCAUUAGCUAAAGUACCAACCGGGUCGCCUGGAACAUCCAACCCAACAAUUCCCACUUCAUCAAGUCCAGGCAAAACACUUCAAGAAAAGCUGGCUGAUAAGCAAAAGCAGCAGAAACAGGCUGCGAAGAGUCUUGAUUUCUCAUCAACAUCGCCUUCGACAUCUGCUAUGUCUUCGACGAUGCCCUAUCCUAUGUUUCCAACGCCUGCAGAUUUAAAAAAUUACCAAAAUGUAAUUCCAAAUUAUUUACUCGAGUCUGGAUUAUCCAUUAGCCAAGUGCAACAGAAAAUCUCCAAACCAACUUCAUCCCAACUAAGUACAAGUUCAAAUAAAUCGAAACCGUCUGCUAGCUCCAUGCCCAUUUCCAUGAGUGUAGUAAAAAAGGCUCCAGAGAAGACAUCUAAGCCACCUGCGGAAGAUGAUGUUAUCAUAAUAGAAUAAUUAAUUUGAUUUGUUACUUUUCAUUCAAUCUUUGUCAAUUUAAUUGAUUUGCAUAAAAGAGUUUUGUAUACUCGUA